GGGCUUUGCUGCCCGUGCUCUGCGUCCCCUGGAUCCAGGCGGGGCUUUGGGCUGCGUCGCGGUUGCUUUUCUAGUCGCGCAUUUUCUGCUUUCUUCAAAAUGGGUUGUGAAUCUUGCGGAAGCCUUGAGUUCUCGAGGCAAAUAGCGUAGUGCUGUGUAGUUCCCUGGAGAUUUUAUUGCUUCCUCUCCUUAAAAAUCUAGGUGCAGGCCGGUGUAGUCUCUUUUCUGGACAGAGCGGAAGAGAACAAUGCAGAAGGACUCCGGCCCACUAGUGCCUUUACAUUGGAUUGGCUUUGGCUAUGCAGCACUGGUUGCUUCUGGUGGGAUCAUUGGCUAUGCAAAAGCAGGUAGUGUCCCAUCCCUGGCUGCUGGGCUCCUCUUCGGUGGCUUAGCAGGCCUGGGUGCUUAUCAGCUGUCUCAGGAUCCAAGGAACAUUUGGGUUUUCCUAGUUACAUCUGGAACCUUGGCUGGCAUUAUGGGAAUGAGAUUCUACCACUCUGGAAAAUUUAUGCCUGCGGGCUUAAUUGCAGGUGCCAGUUUGCUGAUGGUCGCCAAACUUGGAAUUAGUGUGUUCAGCAGACCCCAUUAGUCAUAGUCAUGUGCCAGCUUGGACUCAUGAAGAAUUGAAGAACUUGUACUAUUUUUAGUCUAUUAGGAGAAAUAAAUGCAGCAUUUUCACAUAUACUGACAUUUUACUUAAAAAAAGAAAAGUUACUGAUCUCUGCAGGAGAAAAUAUUAGUCAUUAUUAUUACAGCCCUAAAGAGGAGGGUAUCCUACAACAUAAACACUUAUUGUUAUAAUACCCUUAUAAAUUUGAUUCUUGUAUGUUGACAUUAUUCCUUCUUUUUGUAUUUUUACAUAAAGUCUCAAGGGGUAAAUGUUAGGUGUCAACAUUGGGGGCCCUGAAACCCCAUACCCUACUUAGAGAAACUGUGUAUCUGUUCUUUUGUUCAUCUUAGAGCACAGACCUAACUUUGAAAUUAUGUUAAAUGAAAUAGCAAUGAAAAUAAAAUUUACUAUAAAUAGUA